AUGUUACCAAGAAGGGCGCUCAAUAGCACCACAGAUCAUGCAACAGACUAUGCGACGCUGACCACAGAGCUUUUAAAUGUCACGACAACUACAGUGCAGCCCCUGCUGCAGAACGGUUUCCUCGCAUGGGCCAGUCGUCAGUUGAACAUCACCAAUGCUGGCCUGUUGAUUUUCGUGAUUAUCCUCAUAUGUAUUGCCAUUCUUCUGGGCAUAAUUCUCCUCAUUUGCUGUUGCCGUGCUUGCUGCCGUAAGGCCAAAAAGAGGGGACCGCAAUACCAACGAAUGCCUAGCAUCUACAAGGAUCAGCUGCCGGGAGCAGACGGCGAUCCGCAGGGAGAAUCAAUAGGGACGCUGGAGUACUCCUUGGAAUACAGCAUGAAAACAAAUACAUUGAAAGUUGGCAUUAUACAGGGGAUGGAUCUCGUAACGCCACCUGGUUCUGGAACGGUUGAUCCUUUUGUAAAGGUUAGGAUCAAGGGAAUGUCUUCUUUGGAGAAAACAAGAGCCAAGGCCAGGAAGCCGAGAAAGGUUUAUACAACAGACAUUCAACGGGAUACCACCUGCCCCGUUUUCAAUUCUGCCUUCACUUUCAACGUGCCCUAUGAAGACCUGAAAACCGCCGUUGUGCACUUUGUGGUCUAUGACGCCGAUGAACCCAAUCAGCCUUUGGUAGUCGGAGGAUUAGAUGUUAAGCUAGAGUCCAUACCCUUGGAAAAUUAUUGUGGGAAGUCCUACGAGACGACGGGAUACCUCAAGAAGUCGGUGGACCACUCGGAUGAUUCCGCUCAGAUCUGUACCGUUCUCACACAUGAUCCAGUGGCAAGCGAACUAAGUGUCAACGUUCUGGAGGCGAAACAGUUGGACCUUCCAGAUUACUACAGAAAGAAUCCACCUGAAACAAUGGUUUCAGUGACUCUUCACAUUGGUGAUAAGAAGCUGGCCAAUAAGAAGACUCAGGUCCGCAGAGGAACUCUGAAUCCCUACUUUGGAGAAACGUUGAAAUUUCAGGUGGAGAAGCAUAAGCUGAUAGUGGCCUCGCUUACACUGAAGGUCAAGUACAGGGUUCAUGGUGUGCGUUGGAGGAAUGCCGGGAAGGUCGUGCUGGGCGCUGAUGCUUCGGACUCCUCCGGUCGAAAACAAUGGGAAGAAAUGUUGGCCAAUCCAAGACGUCCCGUAGGCAUGUGGCAACCCUUGAUCAUUCCCGAGGAGUAG